AUGGGUGAAUCGAGACUAGAGCUUCUGGCGUGGAUGUCCGAUCUGCUACAGAUGGAGUUUUCAAAGAUCGAGCAGUGCGGAACCGGUGCUCCGCUCUGUCAGAUCUUUGAUAGUAUUUACGGCGAUGUUCCGAUGUCGAAAGUGAAGUUUGAUGUGCACUCUGAAUACCAAUAUCUGCCCAACUUCAAGGUUCUACAGGCCGUAUUUUUGCGCCACAAGAUAGACAAGACCGUGCCGGUCGAGCGUCUGGUGAAGUGCAAGAUGCAGGACAACCUCGAGUUUCUACAAUGGGUCAAGAAGUUCUGGGACGCGCACUACCCCGGCGGCGAAUACGACGCGCUCUCGCGCCGGAAAGGACCCGGCAUCUCGUCCUCCGCCUCGUCCGGCCCAGCUCCGCGCGCAGCGUCGGUGGUCUCCAGUCGAAAGGUCUCGGGCUCGUCGUCGGCCGGAGGAGCCGGCUCGUCGGGCGCGAGCAACGGCAGCGGGAUCGUGCCGCGGACGCGGACGCCGUCUGCGAACGUGCAGAUCCAGCAGCUGCAGACCGAGAACGCUGCGCUGCGCGAGCACGCGGAGGGGCUUGAGCGGGAGCGUGAUUUCUACUUUAGCAAGUUGCGCGAUAUCGAGAUUUUCGUGACCUCGGUGGCGGAUGAGGAUGCGGCGCUGGUUGGCGCUGAUGGCGUGCCGGCGAACGCGGAGAAGGAUGCGAUGAUCCGGCAGAUUCAGGAUAUACUAUACACUACAGAGGAAGGAUUUGAGAUCCCAGAUGCGGAGGCGGUCGAUGCGGUUGAGGAGGAGGAAACAUUUUAA